AUGCUCAUUCCUACCAGCAGCAGCCCCAAGCCAAAGGAGUUUGACUCCAUUGAAUCGACGAUCGAGGCUUUCGGACGUGGAGAGUUCAUUGUUGUGUUGGAUGACCAGAACCGUGAGAACGAGGGCGAUCUGAUCAUCGCCGCCGAGGAUCUUACCACCGAGAAGAUGGCAUUCAUGGUCAGGUACACCAGCGGUCUGAUUUGUGCACCCGUUACUUCCAAGAUUGCGGCCGAGCUGGAAUUGCCUCAGAUGGUCGUUGAUAAUGCGGACCCCAACCGUACCGCAUAUACCGUGUCGAUCGAUGCAGACGAUGAGUCCGUGUCCACAGGGAUCUCAGCUCAUGAUCGAGCAUUGACCUGUCGAACUCUGGCUAGCAACAAAGCCACGGCCGCCAGUUUCCGACGACCUGGACAUGUGUUCCCCCUCAGGGCCAGAGACGGUGGUGUUCUUGAACGCACCGGCCAUACGGAAGCGGCUGUCGAAUUCUGUCGACUAGCAGGGAAGGCACCAGUGGGAGUCAUCUGCGAAAUGAUCGAGGAUGGAGAAGUGGUCCCUGGCGAGACGGCGAUGCGUGAGCCGGGCAUGAUGAGACGAGAUGCUUGUUUGGCGUUUGGGAAGAAAUGGGGCCUCAAGACUUGCACGAUUGAAGAUUUGGUUGAUUAUGUCGCCAACGCUGAAGGUAAGAAGUUGAGCAAUGGUGUUAAUGGCCACCACCAUUGA